CCGCACAAAAACUAAAAAAGAAAAUUGGCGGAAAGAGAAAUCAUACUAAACAAAAGCGUGGAAGUGAAUUUUAUAUAUUUGAUUCAGAAAUUAAAAAUUUACUCUACUAAAAAGCAUAAUGGGAAAGGAAAAGAAACAAUUUAAUAUUGGCGACUUGGUUUUCGCUAAGGUAAAGGGCUAUCCAGCAUGGCCAGCAAAGAUUACUAAGUACAACAAUAAAAAGUACAGCGUGUACUUUUACGGAACGGGAGAGACUGCAAACAUCAAAGUGGAGGAUCUUUUCCUAUAUGCGGAAAGUAAAGAAAAGUUUGCUACCGACAAAAAUCUUAAGCGUUCAAACUUUCGUGAGGCUAUUGAGCAGAUAGAGGCGGCAUUAAACGGAGAAGAUUCGGCUCCUAUCGAUUUACCGGGUGCUGCAGCGUUGGGAGACGAAACCUUAGAUGAUGGCACUGAGGCAUUCGCGGAUAUCACGGCUGAAGAUUGCCAAAUGGAUGAAAGUGCCAUAGUUGUCGGAAUAGAAGAAGGGAAAGAUGUAGCAAAUCAAAUUGAUGAACAAUUGAGGGCACAUAAAAUAAAAGAAGAUAAACAAGUGCCACUAGUAACGUCUACGACGGAUAACCCGGAAUUAGUCAGCCGCAGUGGUCGCAAAAUUAAAACAAAGCGAUACAUUGAUGAAGUACAGGAUGGACCCUCUUUAUCUCAUUCACCACCUUCGAAGAAAAAAGUACCAGCAGAAGGUGUAUCUUCUGAUGCGAAAAAAUCUGCCAAGAAAUCGGGCAGCUCCUCUAAGCCAACAGCUACCAUUACGCCCACCGUUAAGCCCUCUGGCGGCAAUAAGAGUGAAUUAUUUAACAAUUUAUUACUAGCUUUUGUGCCGCCAGCCAAAUGUGUUGGCAUCAAGUUGGACUUCGGAAAACCGGAGUCAUUUCCAAGUACGGCUGAGCGAACUAAAUGGGAAGAGAAAGCUCGAAAAGAUGCUGAAGAAUUAAAGGAGAAGCUAGAGAUUGGCCAAAUUAAACUAGAAGCUGUAAAGGAUCGUGUGAUCAUAAAUCCUCCUCGAGCAAAGAUUCAUCAAGAUGCUGCAAAUAGAUUCACCAAUCAGAUGAUAGAGCAGGAGGAUGCGCUUUUCGUUGAGCGCGACUUUAUACAAAUAUCACAGCAAUUGCGUGAAAGCUUGGGAUUGAAAAGUGCUGACGUAAAUCGUUGUGUGGACCUACUCAAGCAAUAUAAAGAUUUCGAAUUAACACAGUUAAUGUUGUUACGUAAUCCAGAUUGUGUGGACAUCAUAAGGCGCUUACGCCGCUAUGUUGGAAAUUUGAAAGAAUGGUCACUGAGCGCCGACGAAGAAAUUGAAUUCAAAGCCAAGGCGGAAACCAUACGCAACGAAGCAGUUAUUAUAUACAACUACUUUAAAAAACUGUUUAAAAUUUCAGGCGAUCAGCAGUUUUGGGAACCUUUCUGUGAUCAAGUAAAAACGUACAAAGAAUGCACGAAACAUAUUAGUGAGCAAAAUCGCAUCACAAUGAGUGAGAAAGCGUAUAUGAAUAUUUGUGCUAAUCGCAAUAGAGAUGAGAAAAACUCAGAAAAUAAAGAAAUAGGGUCAAAAAGUAAUGUUGAGAAGGAACACUUGAACGAAGAAUCGGGCAUAACGAUGGAAAGUCAGAAACAAGGAUCAGGAAUGAUGGAAGACAAUGCUGAAUUGGGUACGGAAGAUUCCCUCGUCAUCGCUGAAAGCAACGUACUUGAAACGCGCGUGGAAUCCUAAAUCUCUCCUUAAAAAAGUCAAAUAUUCAAAGAAAUUACACGAUUUAUUGGCUUCAAUUUUCAAACUUUGCGUUACUAAUUCCAUGGUGGCACAGAAUAUGUAAAAAACAAAUACCAAAACACGAGUUUAUAUACAUAUAUAUGUUUAAUGUAUGUAUGCUUAGGUACUGAUUAACUAAACAGAAAACAUGCUACUGGUAUAAUUGAUAUACAUACAUAUGUAUGUAUAUACAUAUUUGUAUAUUGUUUUUUUUUAUAUUGUGUUUAUGCCAAAUCCAUUACGAGGUGUGUACAAUAAAUAUAAAGUAUUUUUCGUUUAAAUUCGCACUUGUUUUUGGAAAGUGUUUUAACCCAAAAUUUACCAUUUGUCAGGAAGCACAAAGCCUACUUUUUGCAAAAAUUACAAAAAAAAAAAUAUAAUAAAAAUAAAAUAUUGCCUUAGCUUUUGCUUACAGGUAAAUGUCUGGACUCUUCUAAAUAAAAAAUUUGUUGUAAUGUUUACCGUUUGUACAUUUACUUCUAACAAAAGCAAUAAAUAUAUCGGCCCUAUCGCGAAUUUCACAUAUUCCCAAAAAUUAUAAAGCAAACAAAAACAAUUUUUCCCAAUUUGUUUUUGUUUUGCAUGUUUAAUUAUGGGAAAGAAAUAUUCACUCGAAAUCGGCGAUAGGGCUGAUAUAAAAAAAAAUUUGUGUGCUACAAAAAACCAACAUGAGGCGGUUGCAGCGACCUAGAAUAGGUCAAUUCUUCAAUCGACGUCAAUCUAAACUAACGGUAUGCCUAGGAAUGUACUGUUUCACAAGGUCCGACCUUUUCAAUUGACCCCUUCAUAGGGUUUCUUUUUUACUGUUUUCUGAUAACUAGAAAAUUUUGUUAAUACAAUUUCGAAUAACGAGUACGAUAUACACGUGUAUAGACUAUUUUUUCUACUAAAAUUGCAUCACUUAACACGAUUCAAUUUGAAUUUUGUUUACUGGUUAUCUGCAUUUGUGAAACAAGAACACCAACCAAACUAUCUAUGUCCCAUAUGUACAUACAUGGCUCAUGAACACUUAUAAGCGAUCGAAUUAGUUUGUAUAAAUUUAAACGCUGCGAAUGCACAUACAUUUCUAGUUGGUCAUUUUCAGCAGUACAUACAUACAAUAAAUCUAUUCAUAUCCGUAAAA